CUCUGGGCCUCUCCCCUCAUUGGAUUGCAUCAGACAGACUCCGCGAUCUGUCACAGCUCUGCGUGCCGAUUGGAACACGUUGGAGCACGAGACCCUGCGCCAGCCAAUCGGAGCGAGACACACGGUGUUUAGCAACACGAAGCCCUGGUAUAAGAGCCGAAGCGUUCCAGUCGUGCUUGCAUUUAGGCGAGGUUGCCGGAAGUGACUGAUUUAGCUACCUAGUGGCCGGAAGUGGCGUGUUUUGGUCCUGGAGUCAUGGCGGACGGGGAAGUUACAUUUUUAAUACGAAGUCCCAGUCUGAAGCAGGAGGACAAAGAGAUUCGGGUACUGAGGAGUUAUACUGUGAGGGAGCUAAAGACUCGGCUGCGGCGGGAAUUUCCCGGUGAACCGAAGGAGGAAGAGCAGCGGCUGAUCUAUUCCGGAAAGCUUCUUCCCGACCACCUGAAGCUCGCCGGGUUUCUGUCCACGGACGACAGACAUGUGCUGCACCUUGUUUGUGCCACGCGGAGUCCACCCCAGACUCAGGCUCAAGAUAAGAAGCCGCAGCCAGGAAGCCCAGCUGGUACCAGUCAGAUGUCCAGUCCCCCCACUGAAGGCCUAAGACAGAGGAACGUCCCCCAAAGUGUGUCGGCAGCAGCCCCCAGUGCCAGGCCAUACGCUGUGAAUGCUGCGUUUUCUCCGUAUGCCGUAUACAGUCCCCAGCAGAUGCUCUGGCUGCAGCAGAUGUACGCUCGGCAGUACUACAUGCAAUACUAUGCCGCUGCAGCCGCCACGAACACAUCUUCCCACUCCCAUCACAGGCAGGAGAUAGCGGUUGUGCCGGCUGCUGCCCCUGACCCUUUGCCGCAUCACUUCCCUGCGGACAACCAGCCACAAAAUCCACAGGUCCAGCCGCCGGUGAACCCAGCCGCCAAUCCGAACAUGCGUAUGAAUGCCCAGGGAGGACUGGUGGAGGAAGAGGACGACAUAAACCGGGACUGGCUGGACUGGGUGUACACGGCGGCGCGAUUCUCCAUCUUUCUCAGCAUUCUCUACUUCUAUUCCAGUCUCAGCCGGUUCAUGAUGGUUCUGGGCGCCAUGAUCGUCAUGUACCUGCACCACGCUGGUUGGUUUCCAUUCAGGCAGAGACCCCCUCAGGACGUAAACCCCCUUCCACAAGCAGCGCCAAACCAACAAGAUCAAAACAACAACCUGCAGGAAAAUGAUGAUGCAGACGAUGAUUUUGUCGACAGGGCGCAAGCUGCCACUCUACAGACACAGUCCUUUGUGACUACAGCCUGGAUCUUUUUUAAAACCUUCUUUGCCUCUUUGAUUCCAGAAGGCCCCCCAGCGGUGGUUCAGUGAGAGCCCCCAGAUACAGAUUGCAAGCCACAUGCAUAUAGUCUUCCAUGCUUACAAAGCCAAGACUCGGACUGUUUUCGGAACUGAUGCUUUGUACGGCCGCACGAAGCGCGUACCUUUUGUACCUGUCCAGAGCUGCGCGUGGAACGUACCGGUCGGAGCAGGCCAGCUCUGCUCGUGCCUUUUGAUUCCUUGUGGAAUGUCGGGGUAAUUUUACACUAAUUGUAGUGUUAAUGUUUACAGGUGGUAAACAUCUCUUAUUGCAUUUCAAACGGUUUUGCUUGGACUGCUAGUUGCUGAGAGCAGAUAUACUGCUGUAAAUCUCCGUCGUACAUAUUUUCCUAUUUUAUGCACAGAUGCCCGCACUUUAGUCAAUAUUUUCAAUAAACUGAAAUGCAUUUGA